CAAAAACAAAAUCCACAUACAAGCACACUUUCCACCUAAAAUGAGCAACUCGUGAAAAAAAACAAUACUCACACACGUAGCUUACUGAAUCACCCUACGCUAUAGUUCCUAAUGCAACCGGAAGUACCCCCAUAACACAGUCACGAACUCGACAUCAACCCAAUAAGCCAUGUGUAGCGCACUCAUUCACCAGCGCAACAAGCUUUCUUUUGUUCUGAACAGAUCCCCAAUUUGAGCUCUCUUUUGCAUGCUUGAACUAAGGCCCCAGAUGAGUGCGCGCACUACUCGUCAUGAAAGUGAACGCUAUUUAUUUGUUCAUGUCGACCCUCACCACAUGAGUAAAAAUGCCAUGUAACUAUAUUUGUUGAGCUUGAAGGGUCAGUUUUAUUCUGCAAGUCCAUCAGUUCAGUUUACUGUCUGAUGACGUCCGGAAAAUAUUUUUAAAUAUAAUGGAUACAUUUUUACCAUAUUUUGAUAUAGCGCCGUGCAAAAUUGUAUCCCGGUCGAACAAAUCUAAUAAGUGCUGCAAAGAUAUACGCGAUAGUCAUUAGAGCAGAACGAUUUUCAAUAUUACAUUGCAACCAGUGGGAACUGUUGACUAUUGUAAAUUAUUGUGAAUUUCUUCUACACAAAGUGUGUGCUAAACUUUAUUUUAAAAUAACAAUGAAGAAGGCUUUGUUGUUUUGUGAUCAAGUAGUAAGAUAAUAAAAUGGCAACAAUUAAAAAGCUUCUUAACAACGUACUAUUGUUUUGGAUUUUAUCAAUUGGACUAUCUGGAAGCCAAAUGCAAGAUGCAACUAUCGUACUAAGUCAAGGAACUCUUAUUGGGCUUAAAGUCUUUCCCGAGACAUCACGCAUACCCAUAUAUGCGUACCUUGGGAUUCCAUAUGCAAAGCCUCCCGUCAAUGAGCUACGAUUUGCUCCCCCUGUACCGAGUCCAGGAUGGAAUAGAACUUUGUAUGCUCGUGACUUUAAACCGAUUUGUCCACAAAUCGAAAACAGCAGCUACGAAGAUUUGGGAAUUGAAAAUCAGUUUCGAUCGCGUGAAACUAGCGAAGAUUGUCUGUACUUGAACAUAUGGAUUCCCGAGACAUCAAUACGUUACGGAGGCUUCCCGGUAUUGGUAAUGAUAACAGGUGAGGAAAUGGCAUUCGACUGGAACACUAAUCGGGCAAGCGGUCUCGAUCUUGCGGCAGAUGGUAUUAUCGUAGUAACUGUACAGUACCGAAGCAAUGUGUUCGGGUGGUUAUCGCUCGGUCAAAAAUAUGCUCCAGGAAACCUUGGUCUACUCGAUCAACAAUUGGCACUUGUCUGGAUAAAGGAUAAUAUACAAAAAUUUGGCGGUGAUACCAAUCGAUUAACACUACUUGGACAUGGUACAACCGGUGGACCAAAUGUAAUGAUUCACAUGGUUAGCCCGCAAGCAAGAGGCCUAUUUGCGCGGGCUAUCAUAAUGUCUGGCACAAUCUAUUCUCCGUAUUCCGAAGUGAACGCCGACACAAAACUUUCUCAAGAAAUCAUUAAAAUACUGGCCUGCAACUAUGACGUUGGAAAAAAUGUAUUGAAAUGCCUACAGCAGAAGAGCAUUCACGAUCUUCUACGUGCUUAUGAGUACAUCUAUCGUAACGGAAACUACACUAUCAAUCUCGGACCAAUUAUAGAUCACUACCUACCUGUUGAAAAACGGUACAUUGUUGAUGAUCCUCAAAAAUUGUUCACAGCGAAAGCUCUCAUCAUGGAAGACAUGCCCAUUCUUUUUGGUAUAACUAGCAACGAAGGCGGAUUUUUGUACAGCAAAUGGAUUGAGUUAGCACGUCAAAGUAUUGAUUCGCUAAAGAAGUACAUUAAUGAAACGCUUCUACCUAAUAUCAUCGAACGGUACAAGUUUCAAGGAGCGGGCCAAGAUCAAAUACGUGAAACCAUACAUUGGCGUUACUUUGAACAAAUACCCCAAACAACAGCGCAUCAUAUACACGCUAUCAUUAAAAUUAUGUCGGAAACACGAUACGAAAUACCUUUCUAUAAAACUCUCAAAGCCCUCGGAACCAAAAAACAAUCUAAUAGACAACUGCCCGUCGGAACGGUAGAGGACGAUAUAGCAAAUAUACAACGCGAGAGCAAAGCUGCAACGCAACAUAACGCCAGUUACGUUUAUGCAUAUCUUUUCCAUCACCCCAAUUCGAUGGACAUGAGGGGAAGAAUUAACUUUUUUGGAGGAGCAUCUCAUUCAUCGGAUUUACCUUUCCUCAUGGGACCAAGCCUUUACAGAGAAAUUGGGCGCAGGCGCUUAUCGAUGGUUGAAGACAAAUUGUGCAAGAAAAUGCGAUCUUUAUUUACGGAAUUCAUUAAAGGCGGCAAUCCAACACCCGGUCGGCAAUUUGAUUCCUGGACACCAUAUAGCGUUGAACUCAAAUACAUCAAGUUGAUCUCCGCAAAACCGGAGUCUUUUCAUCGAAAUGAUCACUCAUCAUUAGAAAACACAUUUGAAGAUAAUUUACAAGAAAUUGAAGAAAACGUUAUUGGUAUAACAGGAUUGGAAGAACCAUCUUCUAGCAUAAAUAACUCCAAAAACCCCUACAAUCUUAAUCCUAACGUUCAGGCAGAACAAGAAAACGCGAGAACGUCUAAAAAUGCUAUCUAUCUAGCUGGUGCAAGAGAUUCUGAGUAUUUUUACUACCUGCAGAGAAUGGACAGUUUUUGGGACCAAUUUCUUCCAAAACUCAGCCAAAUUAUGAAUGAAACAAACCAAGAGAAACUGCGUAAUCGCCGAAUUGAUCUAACACUUGAGGAAGAGCAAGAUAUAUCCCGAGAAACAGCAGCGGCUUCCAAAUAUAAGCAUGCCUUUUUUUCUAUGCUUACAUUAGUAUGUAUGCUAUUGGCAGUUCUUUGUAUUUGCGUCUACAUUUUAAAGAAAAACACCAACACCAGUUUAUCGAGUAUAUUAUGACACCAACUUUUCUUCCGAACAAAUCUCUUUGAUCGGAAGAAUCGACGUAAAAAACCUGACGUAAGCAGCAUGGGUGAUGAGGAAGAAAUUAACGUAACAGCUAUCAGCCAUCA